UUCUUUUCCAUCUGUUAGGUUUUACAUCUGCCUUUCCAAAAACAUCAAAUAUUUUCCACAGUGCACAAAGUAAACACUUUUACUCAAUCCUGACCGAGGAUCAUUUAUCCCCAUCAUGGAUAUCCAAGCUCAGAACGAGAUGGUUCGGAUACGGCGCCAGUUGAAGAGGAAUCUACCGCACCGGACCUGCGAGAUCUGCUUCGAUCGUGACAUCAUCCGGGAGAGCAUUCCGCCGAUCACCCUCGACGAUGCCCGUAGGGUCAAGGGUCCCGUAUACGAGGCCCUGGAAGAUGAACUGCGUCGGGCGGGUUGCACAAUGGUGCCAGAGUUCGUCAAGUGUCUGGCCUCCAAGGAGAAGGCACUCUUCGAAAGCUUGAACAUCCGGGAGCGUUUAGCCGAUGACAAGGAGCUGCUCUUUGCCAUGGUGGCUAAACUCCAAGAGGCCGAGCUGGCCUACAAGGUGACCAAGCAGCGGGGUCUCAAGAAGCCCUUCUCCUUGUUCUACGAAACAAUACAGCUGUUGGAGCCAUACCGCCAGAAGUACCAAUACGCAUUGGUGCUCCUCAACGAGCACAUCAUCGCGUUGUGCCACAGGGUCUCGAAUCAGGAGCGGGCCGAGGCCGCCGAGUCCAUCUCCCGCAUCUAUUACACCUAUGCCCUCUACCUCAUGAACACGGGUCAGCGGGCAGGAGCCCUCAACCUCCAGAUUGCCAUGACUAUGGUGCGUGGUCAUGUCUGGACCGCCCAGAUAGGUAUGCCCGCCGGUAGCCUUACGCUGCACGAACAGGUGGCCCAGGAUCUAGCCCGACAGUCUCUCAUCCAUGGCGAGACCAUCGUGCGCCAGAAUCCAGAGGAGGCCAUUGCCAUGGCCCGGAGGGCCACAGUUCUGGUGGCCGAAAUUGGUAGGGAAAAGAACUUGGAACUUUUCUGUGAUACUUUCCUUCAGCGUGCCAGCUUUCUGAUGGAGAUCGGCGACUAUAACAUGGCGCAGCAGUGCCUGGAUCAGAUCAGGACACAGAUACUGGCCUGCAAGGAGUACCGCUUUGUGAAGCUGAACAUCAAGUAUUAUUUGUUUCAGGGAGAGUGCUCGGAAAUCUUUGAACAUACAGAGAAAGCUAUCUCAAGCUACAAGCGUGCCCUUCGCCUCCGCAUCUAUUCCCACCGGGAUCUUGAGGACCUCCUUUUGCAUCUGGGCAAGAUCUUUGCCAAGGAUCCAAAGAUGACGAGCAUUGCCAAAAAGUGCUACGAACAUGCCAAACGCAUUUACGUGGACUUUAAUGACCAGCACAGCCGCAAGAUGGCCAACUAUCUGCAGGCCAAGUUAAUGGCCGAUGAGAUCACACCGCUCUAUAUGGCCAUGUUGAAGGCCUCCUCCAGCCGUUACUGCGCCUUCUUCAACCUUCGCCAGUGGAAGAACCGCUGUCGUCCCUUCUGGAAGCGUCUGGGCGAUGAGAUUAUCAAACAGGAGACGGACAACAUUUACUGUCUGCUGGACGAGGAGAAGGAAGAUCGCCACGAUGUUGCUCUGUAUGAUAACGUCGAUCUCAAGACAUUUAAACUGGAGGAAACCGACAUAUAAGCUGUGCUCUUGUGCGUUCUCAGUUGAUAAAUUUUACUCGUUACUUGACAA